GAGCAUCUUCAGUGUUUGUCAAACGCGCAUCAUGUUCACAACGGUCCUCACUGUCGCCCUCGUGGCCUGUGUUGCCGCCGACGGUAUUCCAAACUUCGUCUCUCCUGGUCAAUGUGCCUCAGUUGCCAACCAGGACAACUUCGACCUCAGGAAGUACGCUGGCCGCUGGUACCAGACCCACAUCAUCGAGAACCCUUACCAGCCGGUGACUCGAUGCAUUCACUCCAACUAUGACUAUUCCGAUAGUGACUACGGCUUCGAGGUGACCACCGCCGGCUUCAACCCGAAGGGAGAAUAUCUGAAGAUUGACUUCAAGAUCUACCCAACAAAGGAGUUCCCAGCCGCUCACAUGCUCAUUGAUGCUCCUUCAGUGUUCGCCUCCCCCUAUGAGGUCAUCGAGACUGACUACGACACCUACUCCUGCGUCUACUCCUGCAUCACCACCAAUAGCUACAAGGCAGAGUUCGGCUUCGUGUUAUCCCGUACCCCCCAGACCUCAGGACCCGCCGUCGAGAAGUGUGCCGCUGUCUUCAGGAAGAACGGUGUCGAGUUCUCAAAGUUCGUGCCUGUCCAGCAGACGGCUGAGUGCGUCUAUAGAGCUUAAGUUCCUCGAAUACUAAAAAUGGAUAUUUUGUUAUAUUCCUUAAGUUCAAAUACAUCAUCCCCAUUAUAACUGUAAAAUGCAGGAAAACUGCCAAACUUGACCAUUACAUUAAAGCUCAAUUGCAACUCCUGUACCAAGUACGAAGAUCUGUGUGUUUGAUAUGAAUUAUUGUCGUAAUUCUUAAAAUAUAAUUAUAAACAUGCACAUGUUUGUACAGUUAAGAAUGUUUCAAUAUAAAUAAUUUGUACACUAUUAAGACAUGGCGUAAGU